AUGGCUUCAUCUUCUUCAAUUUCUGCUCUCCUCUCUCCCCCAACCUCAGCGCUGUUCUCAUCAAAAUCCAAAAUCUCCUCUCUCUCCUUCAACAAAAUCCAACCUUUCUUCUUCUUCAAGCAAAAACCCAUCACCCCAAGUACCAUCUCGGCCGCCGCCGCUAACUCCACAUUCAUCCUCCACGAACUCGGCCUCUCUGAGUCCCAAAUCGAUCUCCUCUUUCAAACCCAUCCUCAGAUCGAGCUCUCAUCUACAGAAUCUUUAAACCGCAGAAUAUCACAGCUGCGAUCUCUUAGAAUCACUGAAAGCGCAAUCUCUCGUCGACCCGAGAUUCUAACUUCCCCUGAAUUCGACCCAUUGCUCGAUUUCAUUCAGAAGCACUUAGUUGGAGAAAUCCAACAAGAGAAGCUCGAGAGGUUGCUGAUAUCAACGAACCCAUCAAACUCAAUUGAGAGGAUUCAUCUUCUAUUGGAGCGUGGAAUUCCUGAAGAAAAACUCGCCCACGUCAUCAACAGUGUGAACGUAGGCAAGGUGUUUGAUGGAAUGCAGAUUCGGGAGUUAGAGGAAGUUCUCCUCUUUCUGCAGCGAUUUGGCUCUCCUGAGAUCAUUCUCCGGCGACCGGCAAUCCUGAAUCUCGAUCUCCAAACCCAAUUGAUUCCAAGAAUUAACUUUCUGAUCGAUCUCGCCGACGGAGAGGAAUCCGCUGCUGCGACUUUAAUCAGAAAACUACCCGGAAUUUUGGCUUACACUGUGUCACACUUUAGAUCCCAUCUCAACUUCUGGACCUCGAUCGGCCUCACUAGAGAACAAAUACUCAAAAUGGCGCUAGUCUAUCCGAACAUCUUCAGUGUCAGCAAAGAGCGAAAGCUCAAACCCCGAAUCGAAUUCUUAACCCAAUGCAGCCUCAACACCGAAGAAAUCUUCAAGUUCUUGAUCAAGGCGCCGACUUUCCUAAGCCUCUCAUUCGAGAAAAACCUAUCGAAAAAACUGGGUUUUCUUAUAAAGAUCGGAUACAAACACCAAACGAAAGAAUUGGCUAUUGCAUUAGGGUCUGUGACAAGAACGAGCUGCAAGAAUUUGCAAAUGGUGGUUUCUCUGUUUCUAAGCUACGGGUUCUCUUGCGAGGACUUGUUGAAGAUGAGCAAGAAGCAUCCGCAGAUUUUGCAGUAUAAUUGGGUGUCAUUGGAGAAGAAGAUGGAGUUUUUGAUUGAGGAAAUGGAGAGGGAUGUUGGAGAGUUGAUGGGGUUUCCUGCUUUUUUAGGGUAUAAGCUUGAUGAUAGGAUUAAGCAUAGGUAUGAGAUGAAGAAGGAGAGUAGAGGGAAGGGGAUGUCUCUUAAUAAGUUGCUUAGUGUUUCUACUAAGAGAUUUAACUUGAAGAUGGAGUAGUUUGAGUUUUGAGGUUGGAGGGAAAAUGUGGAUUUGAACUUAUGGAGAAAGGGUCAGAUGAUUGCCCUUGGCUUUUGGCAGUGCUCCAAGAUUGUGAAACUUGUCAAAGUGAUCAAGAUUCAGCAAACGUUAGCAAAGAUCCUACUCAUGACCCACCUCCAAGGUACCUAAAACGCUAAGGAAAAAUACAGUUGUUUUUUGAGACUAUAUGUCCAAUCACGGUGUCUUAAUAUGAGAAGGCUCUUUCUUUUCUUUGUUCACUGGAUUUUUGACACGUGUAAAUUUAAGAUAAUUUUGAAUCGCUCGAAUUACGAAAUUUAUUUUUGGGUGAAUUGCAGAUGCACCCUCUUACUUAGAGAAGGUUAGUACUCCACUUAUUAUCUCCAAUCAUUCCUGUAGUUUUUAUUAGCAUGUUGAUCUUUUAUCUCCAAACGAAGUUAUCUCUCUAUUAUUGUAUGUACAUGUAACACCAGAUCUCUUUGUAACACAUUGAAACAUCAUAAAUCACAGUCAAGAGAGAGAGAGAGAGAGAGAGAGAGAGAGAGAGAGAGAGAGAGAGAGAGAGAGAG